AUGGGUAAGCACAUACCCAAGCUGAUGCCAGUCGCGUUCGACGAAGUUGGUCUGUCAAAGAUUCUCUAUGAGAUCUACGUGCAGAUGUUUAUCGACGAGGACUGGUCGCUCAAGUUUGCCAACAUCAAUUUGAUGAGUAUUCGAAACUUGACGUUGGUGUUCUACAUCCGCUCUAGUCUAUCAGCAUUCUUGCGGCUUGUUCAGUCGCGCGUCAUUUGUGACUGGGAUAAGACCAUGACUAUUUUCCUGUCUCACGUCAAACACCGACCGAAUGCGCCCAUGGGCAUGAACUACGUCCAAGAACUAUGCGUCUAUAUGCACAUGCUGGGUGUCUACUCGACGGAAUGGAUGAAAACCCCAAGAAACACAGUGCAAGGUACUUCUACGCUGGGGGACUCGAGAGACUGGAAGAAUAUGCCGACCGUGGUGUGCAUAACGCUGAGAGUCCCAAGGACGAAGUUGGCGGUGAUCACAGCUAUGAAGCCCACCAAACUAGGUACUCCAAGUGUACACUGUGUCUUACAGGCUCCGUUCCCGUCGACGACUGGUCAGUGGCAGAACAUCUUUCCAGCGUGUCAGUACACAUUUGGGAGCAUCUCGACCCGUGGCCGUCGACACAGCAACUCUUUCGAAGUCGACAUCGUCGAGGAUUCACUAGCAUGGAGAGGACUCUCCGACCUCAUCGUCUCGUACUACGUACCCACGGAAUUUCUACUCAUGGAGCCACGUUUGGCGGACGUCGGGUUUGGCAUCCACAGUACUCCAGCCAGUACUGGUGUAUUCAUGCCAAAACUCGGGCCGACCUUGUCAAUCUACCAGACAAAUAUUGGCAACACGAACGAUGUAUACAUCACUCGAUACGCUCCUAAUCAGACCGGAGUCUUGUCCGUUCCUGGAUUUGCUGCUGACGACAUGGCAUCGCCUGCCGCCGUCGGCCCAGGGGGUGGAUCAUCGCUAUGUGCAACGGCUGAUCAUGGCUCAGGGCGAAUAACCUCCUUUACAGUUCGGCUGAACAUCACAGGUGAGGAACAUUUGACCGCACUGCAAAGCGGCUGCCAGGUGCACGUCGAAAGCAUAUCGCCUUGUCACGCAUCAGCUGCAAUUGGAGGUGAACACCCUCUCAGUUUUAUGUACCCUAUGCUCUAUACCGAUCAUGGAGCUCUGGCGUGGAACAUGCCGUACAUCAACCUACAGAAGUCGCCUGUCAUCGACAUCAAGCAACCUGACAAGCUGAAAUGGCUCAAUCCUCACGUAUCCAUGAUGCACUCUGCCCGAGAGCGCGCACUGCGCGAAGACGAAGGUCCCCCUCGUUCGCCCGGCGAGCGUCUCCGUCUCGACUUCAAGGAGUCGCUGCAUUCGCUGUUCAACCACUUCGCCGGCUUGCAGGGCCCGAAGUAUCACAUGUUCGGCAUCUGGAACCCGAACAACGGGGGCGUGCACAUUCUCAUUUUCUGUUCCAACCUGCUCAUCGAUCUUUCGAACCGAGUCGUGGCGCUCGACUGCGCAGUACUGCCCCUUCAUACCGAUCUCAUGCCCAAGGUCACGCACUUCCUGACGGCUAUUGCUGCAUCUGGGCUUUGCCAGAUCAAGGUUGACGAUGCAGAGCUGCGGCUCUGGAAGCGAUACGCCGCGGCCGGGAAGAUACCCUUGACGGAGGAAGACGAGCGACCCUUCCUGUGCUCAUGCGGGAACGGACAACUACCUCCAAAAUUCAUUGGCAUCGACGUCGCUGGAUGGAAUUCGGCGUCAAGAUACGCCGUUCGAGCGGCUAUUUCGCCUGUAUUCUGGGCAGCGUUCGUGGACGAGAACUUCCGGCCGUCGGAUGGAAGUAUUGGAGCAUCUUGUAACGUAUGCAAAGAAGGGAGCGCCAACGAUGGCGGCGAGCUGAAGGUUUAUGGGGGAUGUCACAAUGUCAAGUAUUGCAGUCCUGCGUGUCAGCGCGCGGACUGGAAGCUGCACAAGGUCCUCUGCAAGAAGUAG